CGCAGUACUCGCACAUUGCGAUGGCUCCCAAAAAGGAUAAGGCUCAUCCACCAUCUUCCAAGCUGGCAAAAUCCGGUGGCGGCAAGCAGAAGAAGAAGAAGAAGAAGAAGUGGAGCAAGGGAAAGCAAAAGGAGAAGGUGAACAACAUGGUGUUGUUCGAUAAGUCGACCUACGAAAAAUUGCUCACUGAGGCACCUAAGUAUAAACUUAUCACUCCUUCUGUUCUCUCCGGUCGUCUCAGGAUCAGUGGAUCAUUAGCAAGGAAAGCAAUCAGGGAGCUGAUGGCUAGAGGUUUGAUCAGAAGGGUUUCGGCUCAUGCAAGCCAACAGAUAUACACGAGGGCCACAAACACCUAAGUAUCUUACCCUCUACUGUAGUAUGGGCUUGGAUUGGAUUUUAUCUAAUUGGAACUAUGUUCUUUUUAGCUUUAAUUUUGC